AUGUCCCUCACUCCAGUAUCAUCCCAAUUUCAGUGGUACAUAGUUUCCUGCAUUAGUGGCCAGUGCAACUGGCAGCAUUUCAGAGUUAGUGCCACUUACAUACAAUUUAUGAACCUGGAGGUGUAUGACACCACCAAGAUGGCACUGUGCAAGCCCUUAGCUACUAGCAAGUUGAAACAGCUUUUUUAUGGGUUCCAAGUGCCCAAAGACUAUGUUGCCAGCCAACACCACAUGAAUCAACCAAUGGCUGUGAAACAGGCUCAGGCAAAGUUCCACCUUCAUGGCAGAAUCAUGGACAAUGUGCACAAUGACAAAGCCAUCCACGAGAUGUGGAACAGCACACUGUCAUCCAGGCUGGCCCAAGGGCUCCCUCACUACUUUGACAUGUGUCCUCGGGUGUUGUUCCCACUGUUUCCUACCCACACUAAGCUUCAGCUUGCUAUUGCUCCUGCCCCUGGCAAUGGCAACAACAAGAUCUGUCUCAUGGGUGUCAAUGGCAAAUUGCACCUUUCGGAGUAG